AUGGCCGAGGUCGGGGGCUUUCUUGGGACACUCGAUUUGGAUUUACAAGGGUUUCCAGCACUUGGGAGUAUUCCUUUGCCUGAAUCGCCCGUGGGUUUGAAUGAGAGACUGGGGCAGAUUGAAGGGAGGUUACAGCGAGGCUCGCUGACAGAUUUUGGCCACCUCAAGGGUAUUCUACGGCGGCGACAGCUGUACUGCCGGACGGGUUUCCACCUGGAGAUAUUUCCCAAUGCCACUGUACAAGGGACCAGGCAAGACCAUAGCAGAUUCGGGAUUCUGGAAUUCAUCAGCCUGGCUGUAGGGUUGGUCAGCAUCAGGGGAGUGGACGCUGGACUCUAUCUCGGGAUGAAUGAGAAGGGCGACCUCUAUGGGUCGAAGAAACUGACCGCAGAAUGUGUAUUCCGGGAGCAGUUUGAAGAGAACUGGUACAACACCUAUGCCUCCACAGUGUAUAAGCACUCUGACACAGGGAGGUUCUACUACGUGGCUCUAAACAAGGAUGGUUCGCCCCGUGAGGGUAGCAGGACUAAAAAACAACAGAAGCUGACUCACUUCCUGCCCAGGCCUGUGGAGAUUGAGAAGAUCCCACAGGGAUACAGAGACCUGUUUCAGUAACCAGGCCCACUGCCUCGGACUGUUACCACGGCAACUACAGCCUUGGCUUGGACUGUUUGGGAAUGGUGGAAAGAGUCUGAAGGUGAUUCCCCAUAUCCCGAACCCCCCCCUUUUUUUUUCUCCAGGUGCGUUUAUGUCUGCCUUCCGGUCCAAAUGGAAUACACAUGCCUCCGAGGCCAUCAACAUAAACAUUAUGUGUGUGUUCCUGGAUAUAUCUGCUUCCUCCCUUGGUGCUUUUGAAAUCUUCAGUGACUCAUCAAGGCUGAGUUUUCAGUCAUGGAGUCCACAAAACAGAAAAUGCCACAACUGGAACUGACAAAUCUAUUGUGGGAUAAGGCAGACUAUCCGUAGGCAUAAAUCUGGGCCUAAUUUCAUCAGACUUUACACUACUCUGUGUAAUUUACCCGUCUAGGAUAU